UGAAUACAAAUAUAUAUUUAUAUAUAUAUAUAUAUAUAUAUAUAAUAAAGAGACACAUACACAUACACGGCCUUAGAAUUGUUCAAACCCACCAAAACGAUCUAGAGUCAAGAAAAGAGUGCCAUUUCUAACCAUGGAGGCCGAAGCUUCAGCGUUUGAGACGAGUGAGAUGGUGGCGACGUUCUUGACGUCGACGCCAUUGGUGAGGGAGUCAUGGAGGCUGUGCGAAACGGCGUCGUUUUCGCCGACGGGAAUCGUGAUUGAGCAAAGAGGCCACGUGGGAUAUUUGGCCUUCUCCUCAAUUCAAAUGGGUCAAGCCAUCACCGACCCAAACUGGGCUCGUUUGGUUCCUUUAGAUAUAGCGGGUGGCGUCGUUUUUGGGCCACUUCUCAGUUGCCGUGACGGUGACGGUGACGGUGAUCAGCCGUCUGCUACGAUCCACGCUGGCCUGUUAGAACUCUUCUUGUCCUUGUUUCGCUCCCAAAAUCUACAACACCAGAUAUUGGCAUUAAAAGAGCAAUGCAAGUCCAUAGUGAUCACAGGUCAUUCCUUAGGGGGAGCAAUAGCCUCUCUUUCAACAUUGUGGCUUCUUUGUCACUGUUACCUCCAAUCAGUCUCCUUUUCCCCCUCAGUCCUCUGCAUAACCUUUGGCUCACCAUUGCUAGGAAACGAGUCCCUCUCACAAGCCAUCCAUCGCGAAAGAUGGGGUGGAAACUUUUGCCAUGUAGUGUCCAAGCAUGAUAUUAUGCCAAGGCUGCUCCUUGCUCCCUUGGCCACAGUCACUCCUCAAAUGCAGCUGUUGCUUCAGCAUUGGCAUGAUUCCAUGAGAACUACUAAUACUCCUCAGUUUGGCAGUCAUCAAAAUGCGGCUGCUACUUCUGCUUCUGCUGCCCAACUUGGAGACCGAGAAAGAGCCGAGUUCGUUGGACUCAUUAUGGCUUGUUUGGAGAACUCUUCAUCAGAAGAGGCUUUUAAAAACUUGCUGUUUUGGCCCUUCGGAAACUACCUGUUGUGCUCCCAUGACGGAGCCAUUUGCUUGGAAAAUGCAACAUCUGUCAUUAAGAUGAUGCAUCUGAUGUUCAUGUCAGGCUCUCCCAAUGACUGCAUCGACGAUCAUCUCAAUUAUGGAGAAUGUGUUGGGAGAAUUUCUUCACAGUAUCUGAAACGUUUUGUCCAAAUGCAUCCUCCUGAAUCAAGUUACGAGGCAGGACUUGCCCUGGCAUUGCAUUCAUCGGGAAUUCGUUCUCAGGAACCAGCUGUUAGUUUGGCUAAAGACUGCCUAACUAAUGCAAGACGGCUGGGGCUCACGCCAAGAAUAAAGUGCGCUAAUCUUGCUGUAAGCUUAUCCAAAGUUGUACCAUAUCGAGCUCAAAUCGAGUGGUAUAAAGCAUCCUGUGAUGAGUCCAGUGAUCAAAUGGGAUACUAUGAUCACUUCAAGAGGAGAGAAUCCUCAAAAAGCGGUGACCAAGUUAAUAUGAAUAGGUGCAAGCUUGCUGUCUUCUGGGAUAAGGUUAUUGACCUAUGGGAAAGCAAUCAGCUGCCUUAUCAUUUUCAUAAAAGAGCAAAAUGGGUCAAUGCUUUCCAUUCCUACAAGCUGCUGGUUGAGCCACUUGAAAUUGGAGAGUACUAUAGAAAGGGCAUGCACAGAGAUAAGGGACAUUACUUGAGAAAUGGAAGACCAAGGAGGUUCCAAAUUUCUGAUAGGUGGUGGAAAGAAAGAAGGAGAUAUGAGAAAGACAAUGAUGCAAGAACCACGUUUGCAAGUGCGACUCAAGAUUCAUGUUUUUGGGCAAGAUUGGAGGAAGCAAUGGAGUUGCUAGCUAACCUUCAAAGUGAGAAUGGAGAAGUUAAAGAGAUAUGGGAGAAUAUCAAUAAAUUUGAUGAAUACGCUAGGAGAUUAGUCGAAAGGAAAGAAGUUUCCAAAGAUGUUCUGGCGAAAAAUUCAAGCUACACUAGGUGGACUGAAGAACUCAAAAAACUAAGUUCACCUCUGGUUUUUCCUGUGUCUCCCUUCCCUUAGAUGAAGUUCUAAAGUUUCCAAAUUUGAGUGGUUUUUGGGAAAUGGUAAUUUUGUUUAGUGCUACUUUAUUUUGAAAUAGCGCUUAGUACGUGCCAUCAUGUAAAAUAAUUAAGAAACGUUUUAAUGCUGUUGAAGAAUCUCAAGAUCUUGUUGCUUCAAAA